ACCGCUCACUAAGAAAUGGUGCGAGGAAAUGUAAAGAUGGGAGGGGAGAAAAUGGUUUCGGGUAGGCAACUGAAAUGACAGUUGCCAGUAGCAACAGCUGAAACUUUGCGGCUCUCCGACAAGACCCGUUGUAAAAGACUCGUUGAAGUAGUAGCGUUAAGUGAACGAUACUGAUUUACGCAUCUCGAAGCUCGUAUACCUUUUUCUAAAGGCAGUCGACAUGGCAUCACCCCACAGAAGUCCAAAAGACUUAAGGAAGAUGAUAAGAGAGACCAAACAGGACAUGGACGAUGUCCACAAGUCUUUGGAGAAACUGCGUGGCCUUUCCCUGGAAGAGAGGACGGAGUCAGGGAUGCUGCGGUCAAGGAUAGACGAGCAAUCGAGUUUGAUUUGCAUUUUGAAACAAAGAGCAGACGACAUGCUUCUUCGUUGUCAGGCUCUGGAGAGGAUCAACUCUGAGUUAGAAGACCUGAGAGCAGACGUACAGACCGAACUUGACAAAGAAAAGAAGAGAUCCAUGCAGUUAGAGCAAAGGUUUAUGGAUCUGGCAGCCAACCAUCAGGAGCUGAUACAUUUCAAGGACGAGUACAAAAGACAGAAUGCCAAACUAAAACAGGAGAACGAACGACUUCAGGAAGAGAACGAUAAACUUUUCUCUAAAGACUUACAAGACAAAGAAGCAGUUGUUUUGAAACUAACACAAGAACUGAGAGACCUUGCUGAGCAACAUAGAAGUCUUGAUAAUGAAUAUCAGGGAAAAACAACUGGGUUCAAGACCAAACUUAAAGGGCUCAUGGAUCUCCAUCAUACUAAGGAGGCGUCCUUACAAGGUGAAUUGCAUGAUGCUCAAAGACAGCUGAGCAAUGCAGUGGAGAUGUGCACAGAACUUGAUCAACAGCUUAAAAAAGCAAGAGAAAAUGAUUCAUUGAAAGGGACAGAGAUGCAGAAAAAAAUGGAGGUCUUGGCCAAGGAAAAAGACAAAUUCUUGGAUCUCUCGAUGAAAAGGGGGAAACUAAUACAGGAUAAACAGGUGGAAAUCCAGCAGUUGGAGACAAAAAGGCAAGAGGUGGAAAAAAACAGGGCUGCUGCAGAAGAAAGGUUUGAAAGAGAGGCAGCUGUGGUGAACACUAAUUUGAAAGUCAAAGAACUCCAGCAUGCUCUUGAUCAGUCUGUGAACACUUGCAACAAGCUGAAGAAGGAUUUUGAAGCCUAUAAAAACCACAGCACCGACCUACUUGAAAAGGAAAAGGAGUUAAAUGCCAACCUGCGCCAUAUGAUUGGUUAAGACUACCUACCAUUCCAUCCACCCAUUCACUGAUGUAAUAAGACAAGAGUAUGAAUUUGCUUCUUUCCCAGGCCCACCCAUGGCUGUGCCCAUGCACAGUCAUGUGAAAUCCAUAGAUUAUGGCCUAAUGAAUUACCUUCAAUUGACAGAUUUCCUUAAAUGAACUGUAACCCAGUAAAAUCAUUGAAAUUGUUGCAUGUUGUUUUUUUAUGUUUUUGUUCGGUGUAUUUACAUUGUGUGCACAUGCUUCAUGUGAUAGAAAUCUGAACAUUCUACCUGCGCUUUGAAAAUUUGUAUUAAUUAUAAUUUCUUGUAGAUAUAUUGUUUUGAAUUCAUUCCUACAUAAUGACUACCCAUGCAGACAACUGGUAGAGAAAGUUCAAAUGUAAUUUUAUCCAACAUCCAGGCUUGUAGCGGUCCUGAGAGGACUAUUUCAAACACUGAAAUGUCCCAGACGGUGGAUUUAGAAAUUCUUCCGUUUGGUCCCCAGGCAAGUGGGGAGAGAGCGCCUGGGGCUCUGCUGAAUGCUUUUAGGGUAUUAAAACCCUGGCUUAAGAGCUUGCAGAGCCCCAGUGCAGCAGCGUCAGAACCCAACAUGGUGAAUAUGGCUAAAAGUUUAAAAGAGAUGGUGCACUGUAACUUUUAUAAGGAGGAGCCAUGUGAUAAUUUUGGCUUAGUUUACAUCUCUAUCACUAGAGGGCAGUACAGGCUUUGUGUGUGUGUGUGUGUGUGUGUGUGUGUGUGUGUGUGUGUGUGUGUGUGUGUGUGUGUGUGUGUGUGUGUGUGUGUGCUUUUGACCAUUGGAACGUUGUUAUUUAUCAGGCUUGAACUUGAACGUGUUGAUGUUACCUGGCUAAUUAUUCUCAUGAUAAAUUAUUGACAACUAUAUGCAGUUGAAGUCUGAAGUUUACAUACACCUUAGCCAAAUGUAUUUAAACUCAGUUUCCCACAAUUCCUGACAUUUAAUCCGAGUAAAAAAAAUCCCUGUUUUAGGUCAGUUAGGAUCACCACUUAAUUUUAAGAAUGUGAAAUGUCAGAAUAAUAGUAGAGAGAACUAUUUAUUUAGGCUUUUAUUUCUUUCAUCACAUUCACAGUGGGUCAGAAGUUUAUAUACAGUCAUGGCCACAAGUUUUGAGAAUGACACAUGUUAAUUUCCACAAAGUUUGCUGCUUCAGUGUCUUUAGAUAUUUUUGUCAGACGUUAUUAUGGAAUACUGAAAUAUAAUUACAAGCAUUUCUUAAGUGUCAAAGGCUUUUAUUGACAAUUACAUGAAGUUGAUGCAAAGAGUCAAUAUUUGCAGUGUUGACCCUUCUUUUUCAAGACCUCUGCAAUCCGCCCUGGCAUGCUGUCAAUUAACUUCUGGGCCACACUGAUGGCAGCCCAUUCUUGAAUAAUCAAAUGCUUGGAGUUUGAGAAUUUGUGGGUUUUUGUUUGUCCACUCGCCUCUUGAGGGUUAACCACACGUUCUCAAUGGGAUUAACGUCUGGGGAAUUUCCUGGCCAUGGACCCAAAAUAUCAAUGUUUUGUUGCCCGAGCCACUUAGUUAUCACUUUUGCCUUAUGGCAAGGUGCUCCAUAAUGCUGAUAAGGGCAUUGUCGUCACCAAACUGUUCCUGGAUGGUUGGGAGAAAUUGCUCUCUGAGGAUGUGUUGGUAACAUUUUUUUAUUCAUGGUUGUUCUUAGGCAAAAUUGUGAGUGAGCCCACUCCCUUGGCUAAGAAGCAACCCCACACAUGAAUGGUCUCAGGAUGCUUUACUGUUGGCAUGACAUAGGACUGAUGGUAGUGCUCACCUUGUCUUCUCCGGACAAGCUUUUUUCCAGAUGCCCCAAACAUUCGGAAAGGGGAUUCAUCAGAGAAAAUGACUUUACACCAGUCCUCAGCAGUCCAAUCCCUGUGCCUUUUGCAGAAUAUCAGUCUGUCCCUGAUGUUUUUCCUGGAGAGAAGUGCCUUCUUUGCUGCCCUUCUUGACAUCAGGCCAUCCUCCAAAAGUCGUCGCCUCACUGCGCGUGCAGAUGCACUCUCACCUGCCUGCUGUGAUUCCUGAGCAAGCUCUGUACUGGUGGUGCCCUAAUCCCACCGUUAAAUCAACUUUAGGAGACAGUCCUGGGACUUGCUGGACUUUCUUGGGUGCCCUGAAGCCUUCUUCACAACAAUUGAACCACUCUCCUUGAAGUUCUUGAUGACCUGAUAAAUGGUCAAUUUAGAUGCUAUCUUACUGGCAGCAAUAUCCUUGCCUGUGAAGCCCUUUUUGUGCCAAGCAAUGAUCUGAUCACCCUUCAUAACAUUAUGGAGUAUAUGCAAAUUGCCUUCGUACAAACUGAGGCAGCAGACUUUGUGAAAAUGUAUAUUUGUGUCAUUCUCAAAACUUUUGGCCACGACUGUACACUCAAUUAGUAUUUGGUAGCAUUGCCUUUACAUUGUUCAGCUUGGGUCAAACGUUUUGGGUAGCCUUCCACAAGCUUCCUACAAUAAGUUGGGUGAAUGUUGGCCCAUUCCUCCUGACAGAGCUGGUGUAACGGAGUCAGGUUUGUAGGCCUCCUUGCUUGCACACACUUUUUCAGUUCUGCCCACAAAUUUUCUACAGGAUUGAGGUCAGGGCUUUGUGAUGGCCACUCCAGUACCUUGACUUUGUUGUCCUUAAGCCAUUUUGCCACUACUUUGUAAGCAUGCUUGGGGUCAUUAUCCAUUUGGAAGACCCAUUUGCGACCAAGCUUUAACUUCCUGACUGAUGACUUGAGAUUAUGUGGACAUAUUGAAGCAAAAUUCUCUUUCCUCAUGAUACCAUCUAUUUUGUGAAGUGCACCAGUCCCUCCUGGAGCAAAGCACCCCCACAACAUGAUGCUGCCACCCCUGUGCUUCACAGUUGGGAUGGUGUUCUUUGGCUUGCAAGCCUCCCCCUUUUUCCUCCAAACAUAACGAUGGUCAUUAUGGCCAAACAGUUAUAAUUUUGUUUCCUCAGACCAGAGGACAUUUCUCCAAAAAGUACGAUAUUUUUUCCCCAUGUGCAGUUGCAAACCGUAGUCUGGCUUUUUUUAUGGCGGUUUUGGAACAGUGGCUUCUUCCUUACUGAGUGGCCUUUCAGGUUAUGUCGAUAUAGGACUCGUUGUACUGUGGAUAUAGAUACUUUUGUACCUGUUUCCUCCAGCAUCUUCACAAGGUCCUUUGCUGUUGUUCUGGGAUUGAUUUGCACUUUUCGCACCAAAGUACGUUCAUCUCUAGGAGACAGAACGCGUCUCCUUCCUGAGCGGUAUGACGGCUGCGUGGUCCCAUGGUGUUUAUACUUGCCUACUAUUGUUUGUACAGAUGAACGUGGUACCUUCAGGAGUUAGAAAAUGAACCAGACUUGUGGAGGUCUAUAAAAAAAAAAUUCUGUGGUCUUGGCUGAUUUCUUUAGAUUUUCCCAUGAUGUCAAGCACAUUGGCACUGAGUUUGAAGGUAGGCCUUAAAAUACAUCCACAGGUACACCUCCAAUUGACUCAAAUGAUGUCAGUCAGCCUAAAGCCAUGACAUCAUUUUCUGGAAUUUUCCAAGCUGUUUAAAGGCACAGUCGACUUCAUGUACAGUAUGUAAACAUCUGAACCACAGGAAUUGUGAUUCAGUGAAUUACAAGUGAAAUAAUAUGUCUGUAAACAAUUGUUGGAAAAAUGACUUGUCAUGCACAAAGUAGAUAUCCUAACCGACUUGCCAAAACUAUAGUUUGUUAACAAUAAAUGUUUGGAGUGGUUGAAAAACUAGUUUUAAGGACUCCAACCAAAGUGUAUAUAAACUUCUGACUUCAACUGUCGUAACUGCUUAUUAUAGGAGUUAUUUUGUCAUCACAUUUCUUAGAAAAACACACACAGAACGAGAGAGAGAGCUUUUGACCAUUGGAACGUUGUUAUAUCAGGCUUGAUUAUGUUGUUACCUGUACCUAAUUCUUUGCAUGAUAAAUUAUUGACAGCUAUUAAACUAAAAAAGGUUGGGAUGACAAAACAACUCCUACAAUAAGCAGUAAGAACUGAAUGUCAAAUGUCAUGUUGCGCCAGAAGAAUAUCCUCUGGCCGUCUCCCACUUUUCAGUAUAUGCUAAACUGAUUUGCAGUUCUAAGUAUAUUUUCUAUAGGGCGGCAGGUAGCCUAGUGGUUAGAGCGUUGGACUAGUAACCGAAAGGUUGCAAGAUCAAAUCCCCGAGCUGACAAGGUAAAAAUCUGUCAUUCUCCCCCUGAACAAGGCAGUUAAACCACAGUUCCUAGGCCGUCAUUGAAAAUAAGAAUUUGUUCUUAACUGACAUGCCUAAUAAAUAAAUACAUUUUUAAAAAGCCUGGUAGUAUAUGACAUACAUUACACUGUGUUCCUGACACUUAUAAUUUGUAAAUCACACCUCAGUGCUCGUUACUUUUGAUAAAUUAGGCCUGUACUGCAAGUAAUAGUUACUGCAGCUGUGUCUGUAAACUUUCUCUGUUCCCUUGGCAAAACAGUGCCACUAAGCCUUACUCUACCUGAACUCCAUUUAUGAGUGUUUGGGUCAGGGAACUUUGCAGACAUCCCUGCAGGUUAUGCUGUUUUAUGGGCAGGAUUCAUUAAAGGUGAAAAUAGGUGCAGACAAAUAAGAAACGUAAUGACAAAAGAACACCGCAUUAUCUUAUGUUGUGUUACCUAAAACAAGUGUUAAAUCUGUUUACACCACUUGUGAUCUAAAUUGGCUUGUUCUGCUGUAUCUGUUUCACACAUUGAAGAUGAAGCCAUUACAAGCUUCAACAAUCAAUGAUAGUGGCUCCUUUCUUGACAUUUUAACAAGUGAAAUGCAAGAUGACAGCCAUCUUACUCAUACCAGGGUCAUCCUAAGCGGGAUAUAAACUCAGCCAUAAAAUAAACGUCCUCUCACUGUCAACUGUGUUUAUUUUUAGCAAACUUAACAAGUGUAAAUAUUUGAAUGAACAUAACAAGAUUCAACAACUGAGACAUAAACUGAACAAGUUCCGCAGACAUGUGACUAACAGAAAUGGAAUAAUGUGUCCCUGAACAAAGGGGGGGGGGUCAAAAUCACAUAAAAAAAUCCUCAUGGACUGCACCAGAUUUGUCAGUUCUUGCUGUGAGAUGUUACCCCACUCUUCCACCAAGGAAGAGUGGGGUAACCACCUGUCUUGCAGUAAAUCAUGCACAGAACGAGCAGUAUGGCUGGUGGUAUUGUCAUGCUGGCGGGUUAUGUCAGGAUGAGCCUGCAGGAAGGGUACCACAUGAGGGAGGAGGAUGUCUUCCCUGUAACGCACAGCGUUGAGAUUGCUUGCAAUGACAACAAGCUCAGUCCGAUGAUGCUGUGACACGCCCCAGACCAUGAUGUACCUUACAACAGGCCAACAAGCCCUCCGCCCAACCUCUCUCAGCCUAUUGCGGACAGUCUGAGCACUGAUGGAGGGAUUGUGCGUUCCUGGUGUAACUCGGGCAGUUGCUGUUGCCAUCCUGUACCUGUCCUGCAGGUGUGAUGUUCGGAUGUACCGAUCCUGUGCAGGUAUAUUUACAGGUGAUCUGCCACUGCGAGGAUAAUCAGCUGUCCAUCCUGUCUCCCUAUAGCGCUGUCUUGGGUGUCUCACAGUACGGACAUUGCAAUUUAUUGCCCUGGCCACAUCUGCAGUCCUCAUGCCUCCUUGCAGCACAGCAUGCCUAAGGCACAUUCACGCAGAUGAGCAGGGACCCUGGGCAUCUUUCUUUUGGUGUUUUUCAGAGUCAGUAGAAAGGCCUCUUUACUGUCCUAAGUUUUCAUAACUGUGACCUUAAUUGCCUACCAUCUGUAAGCUGUUAGUGUCUGAAUGACCAUUCCACAGGUGUAUGUUCAUUAAUUGUUUAUGGUUCAUUGAACAAGCAUGGGAAACGGUGUUUAACCCCUCCCUUUACAAUGAAGAUCUGAGCUGUUCUUGCCAUAAUAUGGACUUUUACCAAAUAGAGCUAUCUUCUGUAUAGUCACAAUACAACUUGGCUGAAACUCAUUAAGAAGGAAAGAAAUUCAACAAAUUAACUUUUUACAAGGCACACCUGUUCAUUGAAAUGCAUUCCAUGUGACUACCUCAUGAAUCUGGUUGAGAGAAUGCCAAGAGUGUGCAAAGCUGUCAUAAUGGCAAAGAGUGGCUACUUUGAAGAAUCUCAAAUAUAAAAUAUAUUUAGAUUUAACACUUUUUUGGUUUCUACAUUAUUCCGUAUGUGUUAUUUCAUAGUUCUGAUGUUUUCACUAUUAUGCUACAAUGUAGAAAAUAGUCCAAAUAAAGGAAAACCCUUGAAUAAGUAGGUGUCCAAACUUUUGACUGAUACUGUAAAUCAAGCAAGUAUUUUUAUAUUCCACAAGUAUUAUCAGAUCAACUGUUUUGUAUAUAUAUUUAUCAGAUACAAGUUACAAAUGCUGGUAAACACUCAUACAUUUUUUUUUUUAAAUCACACAGGUAGUGUACUGGGCCUUUACUAGUACUGUGUUAGAUUUUUAGGCAUGUCAGUUAAGAACAUUCUUAUUUACAGUGACGGCCUACCCCGGCCAAACCUUUACGACGCUGAGCCAAUUGUGCGCCACCCUAUGGGACUCCCAAUCAUGGCUGGUUGUGAUACAGCCUGGAAUCGAACCAGGGUCUGUAGGGAUGCCUCUAGUAUUGAAAUACAGUGCCUUAGACCACUGUACCAAUCGGGAGCCCCCAUAUAGAUGUCAUCAGUGCAGGCACAAAAAAAAUCACAGCAUCCCAAACUACUUCCCACAGCUAUGCAAACACAAUUUAAAGCUGCAUUAUGUAACUUUUCGGGCGAUCAGACCAAAUUCACAGAAAUGUGAGUUAUUGACCUGUCAUUCUCAUUGAAAACAUGUCUUAGAAGUGGUAGAGCUGUUUAUAUGUGCACUAUUUCUAUGCUUCCAGUUUUGAAGUUUCAUUCUGUCUUUUACUUUCGGUUUUGAACACCAGCUUCAAACAGCUGAAAAUACAAUAUUUUUGGUUAUGUAAAAUAUAUUUCAGAGCAGUUUAGAUGAUACAAUGUUAAUCUACACCAGGGGUGUCAAACUCAUUCCUUGGAGAGCCUGGUGUCUGCGGGUUUUGGGUUUUUCCUUUCAAUUAAGACCUAGACAACCAGGUGAGGAGAGUUCAUCACUAAUUAGUGACCUUAAUUCAUCAAUCAAGUACAAGGUAGGAGUGAAAACCCGCAGAUACUUGGCCCUCCGUGGAAUGAGUUUGACACGUGCUCUACACUAUACUUGCUUGUUUUGUCAUGAGGUUUUACUUACUGUCUCUAGACAGCACCACUGAAUCAUUUUCAAUUUUGAAACUGCCCUCGAGAGUAUAAUAGGUAUAAUACGUUUUGCCCUGCCGGCAAAAAAUGCUAUUUGGAUGAAGGUCAUGCAUAACCGGAUAAACUGUAAAGGGAAAUAAAGGGCUACGGUUUACACUUUU